ACUAACCGGGGAGUUUUUUUUCCCCUCCACUCUGCAGCAGCAAACAAAGAGCAACAUGGAAAAGGCAUUGUGCACGUUGGCUGCUGUGCUUUUUCUGGGAGUUUUCUUGCACCGAGCCGAAGCAAAGAUAAACGAUGCAACAACUGAGAGUUAUUCAAUAUUCAACUACACGACUGCAAGCAGCACUGUGAACUGGACCGAAGCUGUCACUGAUGGAGCGACUCCAACAACUGCAGCGACAAAGUUAUUCAGCAGCACAGAAAAACAGCUGGACACCACAAACACCAGCCAGGACAGAGAAGAAAUAAACAACAAAAAAGAAGAAGACAGAGAUGAAGUAAACAAGAAGAAAGACAAAGAUGAAGAUAAUCGCAAGACUGAAGAUGAGAAAACACAACCGGACUGUCCUCCUCUCGGCCUGGAGUCCCUGAAUGUCGAUGACAGCCAGAUUCAGGCGUCUUCCUACCAGCGGUCGGGUCUCGGUCCUCACAGAGGGAGGCUCAACAUCCAGUCUGGCAUUGAGGAUGGAGACCUGUAUGAUGGAGCUUGGUGUGCAGAGUUUAAGGACAAGCACCAGUGGCUAGAAGUGGACGCCAUCCAUCUCACCCUGUUCACUGGAGUCAUCCUGCAGGGCCGAAACUCCAUCUGGAGUUGGGACUGGGUAGAAACCUACAAAGUUCAGCUGAGUAAUGACUCUGUGAGCUGGAAAACCUGCAUGAACGGGACACAAGAAGCGAUAUUUGAAGGGAACCAGAACCCAGAGACUCCAGUUCUCGGACUCCUUCCUGUUCCCACCGUGGCCCGUUUCAUCCGGAUCAACCCUCAGACCUGGUACUUCAAUGGAACCGUCUGCCUCAGGGCUGAGAUACUUGGCUGUCGAGUUCCCGAUCCAGAUGACAUUUACUCCUCAGCACCAGAACCGGGAUCAAAGGAUGCUCUCGAUUUCAGACACCACAACUACAAAGAGAUGAGGAAGCUCAUGAAGUCUGUAACCGAGGAGUGUCCGGACAUCACUCGAGUCUACACCAUAGGGAAGAGCUACACGGGCCUCAAACUCUACGUUAUGGAGAUCUCAGAUAACCCCGGCAAGCAUGAACUUGGUGAGCCGGAGUUUCGCUAUGUGGCCGGGAUGCACGGGAACGAGGCUCUGGGUCGAGAGCUCGUCCUGAACCUCAUGCAGUACAUGUGCAAAGAGUACAAAAAGGGAAACCAGCGAAUCGUUCGGCUGGUUACCGAGACGCGAAUCCACCUCCUGCCAUCCAUGAACCCAGACGGAUAUGAAGUAGCUUAUGAGAAGGGCUCAGAACUGGCCGGCUGGGCUGAAGGGCGAUACAGCUUUGAAGGAAUCGACCUGAAUCACAACUUUCCUGACCUGAACAACAUCAUGUGGGACGCUCAAGAGACAGCAGCGGAUCCAUCCAAAGUCUCCAACCACUACAUCCCCAUCCCAGAGUACUACACUAAAGAAGACGCCAUGGUUGCACCAGAGACUCGUGCCGUCAUCAGCUGGAUGCAGGACAUUCCCUUCGUCCUCAGCGCCAACCUCCACGGAGGAGAACUGGUCGUCACGUAUCCCUUCGACUGCACCCGAGACUGGGCCCCUCAGGAAAACACCCCCACGGCGGACGACGCUUUCUUCCGCUGGCUGGCCACCGUCUACGCCUCGACCAACCUGGUGAUGGUCGACCCCGACCGCCGCAUCUGCCACUACGAGGACUUCCAGGGACACAACAACAUCAUCAACGGCGGCGCCUGGCACACCGUCCCCGGCAGCAUGAAUGACUUCAGUUACCUGCACACCAACUGCUUCGAGGUGACGGUGGAACUCUCCUGCGAUAAGUUCCCUCAUGUCAGUGAACUUCCCAUCGAGUGGGAGAACAACAAGGAGUCUCUGCUGGUUUACAUGGAGCAGGUUCACAGAGGGAUUAAAGGUGUAGUCAAGGACAAAAUCACCAAACAGGGAAUAGCAGACGCUGUGAUCAAGGUGGAGGACCACGACCACGACAUCCGAUCAGCUGCUGACGGCGACUACUGGCGUCUUCUGAACCCCGGCGAGUACAAAGUGGUGGUUUGGGCCGAGGGUUACUUCCCAUCCAUGCGUCGGUGCCACGUCGGCAUGGAGCCAAAUCCCACCAUCUGUGACUUCACCCUCACCAAGACGCCCAUCCAGAGGCUGAAGGAGAUCCGGGCCAAAGGAGGGAAGGUCCCGCAGGACCUCCAGCUGCGACUUCGGGCCCUGAGGCUCCGAAAGCUUCGUGCCAGCACCAAGGCCAUCAACCGCCGCCGGGAGAGUCAGCAGCUGCAGCGGAGGAGAGCUCGGUCCUCCGGAGGCUGGAGGAUAUGAAAGGAGAUGGGACGAAAGAGUUGAUCUCAAGAAACUGAUGAAACGACUCUCGGACACAAAGAAAAAACACCAAAUAUGAAAACAUACCGAUAAUUUUACAUGCUGAGGUUUUUAAAUAUGUUUCUGAGAGGCCUAUUUCCAGCAAUUUGGAUGUACUGACCCUUUAAACCAGGUUACACUACGACUGACAAGCUCUUACAAAAGAAGACAAAACACCCAAAAGCAGGACAUGGACUUCUAAUCCAAAUAUUCAGAAAAGUUCCACAAACAAGCUCUUCAAAUGAUGAAAUAACUUUCUAUUUUUUUUCUUUUGUACAUUGAGGAUUUCAGUGUCAGCUGGCCUGAUAUGUCACAUUUGUUCUAUCAUUGUCUGUUAUUUUUGACUGAAGUCCAACAGGACCACAAACUCAAAAAAAUAUUUGUGUUUCUAGUGUAAUAAAGUGUCUUAAUCUGA